CCUGGCGCGUCUUGUAAAACUACAAACCCCGUCACAUCACACGAUAAUGCAGUGUGGACCGGAUUUGCACGCUGGGGUCCUGGCGCGAACCUAAACGGAGUUUGACUGCGCAUCGUUUCCUGCAAUGCUAUUUAUGGUGAAGAAAAAUUUAACAGGAGGAUGACAUUCUUUCAGCAGUUGAUGAUUCAUACAGUGCAGUAUGGGGGGCCAAGGAGACUCAUUACCGGGUUGUUGCACCAAGACAGAUCAGUCCCAGUUGUGUGCUUGUCAACCUCCUGUUUCUGGAACACCCGGAAAAACAACCCGUAUGGGUGUGUCGACCAGGAGAAAUACUCCUCUUUGGUGCGUUCGGUAGUGUCAUCGAAAGUCAGCUCACAGACUCCAACGAGCUUAGCUGAAGAGGACAGGAAGUUAUAUGGACCAGUUAUCAGAUCCAAGCCUGUAGCAGAGGACUGUGUGCCGAGAGCCCCCAAAAAUGCAGCCCCUUUGCUAAACCCCAGCAAGGUAUUGGACCAGACCCAGGAAGCUGCACUGAAAGCGCCGCUCCGGUUUGCUUUGCAGAGAGGCCAGGGAAGGUCAUACAUCCCCAGUGUGACCCGCAUUCUGCAGCAGACCAUGCCGCUCGAGCAGGCCUUUUAUUUGGAGAGGUGGAGAAAGAAAAUGAUCGCAGAGCUCGGGGAAGAGGGUUUUAGUCAAUAUACUGCAAGUAAGUCAGUUGUUAGCCUAAGCUGUAUUCACCCCAUACACCUUAUUUCCAUUCCUGCCAAAAUGACAACAGUCAAACCUGCACAUUCCAGUGAUCUGGAGGGAUUGGCUGAACAGGAGGAGGGAGGUGUGGAUGUGUGUGGAUAUAUACAGAGCGUGCAGCAUGUUCUGGCAGACGUCGGAGGUGUGCGGGCAAUCGAAAGCGCAGUCAAGCACCAGUCUCUGAGCUACACUGGCCUUGUAGACUGUGUAGCUGAGUAUCGAGGAAAGUUAUGUAUUAUUGACUGGAAGACCUCUGAAAAGCCAAAGCCCUUGUUGAGAAACACUUUCGAUAACCCUCUGCAAGUUGCAGCAUAUAUUGGUGCCAUGAACAGCGAUGACAACUAUGGGUUUCUGGUGGAAAAUGGUCUGAUCGUGGUUGCCUACAAAGACGGUUCUCCAGCACACCCACAUUUCAUGGACCCGGACCUCUGCCUCGAGUAUUGGAAUAAGUGGCUGUUUCGACUAGAGGAGUACAUGGAUAGAAAGGAGAGGAAAGAUAACACUGGCUAAUUGAGAGGCGCUUAGCUACAAAAUAAGUGUUGGGUUUUUUUCAAACAAAGGUCUUCUAUCUGUUUUUUCAUUGAUUUAUAUGAUGUGUGACCUCUCUGUUGCAGAUUGUUUCUG